UGGUGUACACCGUGGCCUUGGUAACAGUAUCUAUGGCACCGGUUGUCAGGGAGACGGGACGCGGCCUGGAAGCUCCCGUGAAAACUGGAAGAUAAAGCGCGGCGUGUGAUGAUCCCGGGCGGCCGAGAACCAUGACGGAGAUCAUCUGCCAGUGGCUGAACGACGAGGUGGGGCUGUCCAGGCGCGUAGAACCAAAGAACUUUGCCAAGGAGUUUGCCACUGGAUACCUGAUUGGCGAAGUUUUACAUAAAUAUGAACUGCAAAAUGACUUUGAUAAGUUUUCACAAAGCAGAGCAACCAACUCCAAGCUGAACAAUUUCACUCGAGUGGAACCCACCCUGCAACUUUUGAGUAUUCCCUUUGACCAAAAUGUGGCCCAGAAUAUCAUGUCUGAGCAGCACGGAGCUGCUACCACACUCCUGUACCAGUUAUACAUUGCACUGCAGAAAAAGAAGAAAGCCGGGCUCACUGGUGUAGCCCUGGAGACAUUAAGAGCAGCUGCCCCGGCAAAAUUACAAAGCAUUGGAUCGGAAAUAUAUAGGGAGAGGUUAAAGACCCUGGUCCCUCGGCAGUCUGACAUAAGUCUGCAGCAAGUCACCAAACAAUUUGAAAUAAAAGCCAAAGAGAUGGAGGAAAGACUCGCCCAGAUUCAGAACGACGAGUUGAGGAAAAUCCAGAAGAUACAAGAAGAAUUAAGAAUACAAGAUAUUGAAAAGCUUCGUCGAGCAAGAAGGAGACAAAAUGAAAUCAUGGCCAGAAUUCAAGCAGCAAUUGUGCAGAUUCCUAAACCACCACCAAACCGCACAUUAAAGGCCAUUGAGGCGCAGAAAAUUCAGAAAAGAAAGAAGGAAGCAGAGGAGGUUUAUAGUGAAUUAACAAAAUUUGAGAAGUCGGUGAAAAAGGACAGUGUCACCCCAAAUGGCAGGAGCCCAACCUUAGAGAGACUCAGGGGCGCAGCCAGCAUUGGGACGGCCCUGGUAAAGGUGGAUUGUUCUGAAGAUUAUGUCAGGAAAAUUCAGAAGAGGGUUGAGGAGGACACCCUAGCUCGUGAGCAGCGGGAGAAGCGUCGGCGCAGAAUCCUAAUGGAACAACUUGUUGCUCAUGGGGCACAAGAGGAAGCUUUUCGGGAAGAGCAGCUUAUUAACCGUCUGAUGCGACAGUCUCAGCAGGAACGCAGGAUUGCCGUACAGCUAAUGCACGCUCGACAUGAGAAGGAGGUCAUGAGACAAAACAGAAUUUUUCGGGAAAAGCAAUAUCAAGAAAGACGGGAACGAGAAUUCCAAGAGGCUCUUGAUAUAGAAGCGGCCCUGCUAAAACAAGCCAAAGUGGACCGCGAGGAGGAGAUCCAAAAUGCCCAGAAACUGUAUGACCAUAUAGCAGCAGAGAGAGCCAAGGCCCGAUACGAGAAACACUACUCCACCUGCCGGGCAGUAGCGAGUCAGAUUGUGGAUCUGGUCACAAAAAUUGCAGAAUACAGAGAACUUACAAAUAAACUUAUCCCUGGUAAACUAAUGCGAGAAUGGAAAGAAAUCUUUUUUACGGGAUUGCCUCUGUAUAAAGAAGCUUCUAUAGAUCCAACUACUGAGCAACGUGUAGAACUGGAGAAAGAAAGUGUGCUGGAUGAGAAAGACUAUGAAGAAUACAAGACCAUGACCGGAGAAUGGAUAUUGCCAGAUACUGGGACAAUAAAACCUGCCCCCAAUAAUAACAUUCUGGGCCAUGUAGUUCACAGAUUGAUGGAUAUCGUCCAUCCACCCCCUGCACCGUCAGCGCCACCCAAGUUUCCUCCAUUUCCCAUUAAAGGCUGCGUACUUGGAAAUAUUUAUUCCGGAAAGAGCACCUGCCUGAAGCACUUAGCACAAGUAUAUGGUAUCUACGUGCUCAGUGUGGAUGACCUAGUGAAGCAGUCUUUGACGGCGUAUCAGGAGAAUGAAAUGGGAGAAGAGGUCACUGUGCCUGCAGCUGAGCCUGAGGAAGCAGAUGGCAACAAGCUGACAGAGAGUUUUCCUGCUGCUCCUGAUGGGCCUGAAGCUCAGUUCUCUGAAAGUAUUAGUGCUGCUAAAAGCAACAGUGACUCAUCUGACCCGCAGAUCACAAAAACACCGAGAGAACAGAUAGUACCAAAGGAUCAAACGCUCUCAAGGCGGGCUCAGCUGGGAGGGAUGAUGGAGGCACAUCUGAGAAAAGGAAAGCCGGUACCAGAUGAGCUGCUUGUACAAAUUCUUGUAGAGGCCAUCAGUCAUAUCCCGGCAAAUACCGGUUGGAUUUUGGAUGGAUUCCCAGCUACUCUGAAUCAGGCAAAACUCCUUGAGAAGUCUCUCACAGGAGAAGAUCCAGAGAAAACUGCUACAAAAAGCAAGAAAAAUAAAAUAUCAACUUUAGUGGAAGAUCCAGCAGCAUCACAGGAGCCUCCGCCACAUUCACCAGCCUUGGACUUUGUCGCCUUCAUUGAUGUAUCAGACACAAUAGUGUUACAGCGAGCUGCUGCAUUAAAUGGUGGAAUGGAUGGUGCAGCAUGUCCAGGUGAUGUCUCCGCUAUGAACCAAGUCCCACACAGGAUAAAGGGUUUCCUCGACAACUGGCCCAAACUAGAGAUGUGGUUUUCAGCACAACCAGAUAUUUUAGUGAAAGUAAAUGGUGAAGUGGAGGACGACGUCCUGUGCAAGAAGAUUGAAGAAGUAUUUUUAUCAGCUUUAUACAAUAAACAAAAUCAAGAAAAAAAUCCAGAGAAGAAAGAGGAGAGUCCUCCGCCUCCUGCCACACCGCCUCCCCCACCACCACCUCCUGCAGAGACCACCCAGGAGCCUCCCGCUACAACAUCAGACAAAAAGACCUCGGCUAAAAAAGGAAAAGGACGAUCCAAAUCUCCUAAAGAUAGUUCUGUGGAAAAGAAGGACACACCUCGUGGCAAGGACUCUGCGCCAAAGUCUCCAAAAUCAGGGUCUCCGAGAGGUCGAUCUCCAGGCAAAAAGACUAAAUCUGUUCCAACUACACCAGAGCCAUCAUCAACUCCGCCACCUGCUGGUCCUCCCCCUAUAAUGCCUGGGUCUGUUGAAUGGGUGUAUGUGAAGGAGCCCCUCCCACAGGAAGUUCCUGAAUUCCUUGUUUCUUACUGGGAAACCAUAGAAAAGACCUAUGAAAACCAUGUUAAAGUUGGAUUGAGGAGUCUCAGACAGGAGCAGCUUAUUAUGAUUCAUUAUCUGUAUGAUAUCAGAAACCAAUUCAAGGAAUAUUUGCGGCGGCCGGACCAUAAGCAGGAGUUUGUGUCUCAGUGGCAAUCGGACUUCAACUCUAUCGCUGAGGACAUGCGGGAAGACGAGGAGACAAAAGCAGAACUGCACCAAAGAGUUGAUGAUUUAAGAGAUUGUCUGUGGGAUAUCUGUGACAACAGGAAAGAGGAAAACGAGCAGGAGCGGGCGGAUGUCAUGAGCGAUGGAUGGCUGGAGGAUCAUUUGGGAAUACUCAUUAACCAUUACUUUUCAUUGAUGCAGGUGGAAGUGGAUCGUUUCCAGGAUACAAUGCGAUAUCUUCGUAAUUACUAUGACAGAAUGGAGAAUAAAAUCCCAUCGGAGGGGGCUCAAGAGUUUGUCCGUAUCCCGCUCCUGGACAUGUCUAAUACGAGCUCACCAGAAGAAUCUGACAACCCAAGAAGGAUUCCAUUGAUUCCCAGAAGACCUCAGACCCCAGAGGUGAACUCAGCGAAACAAAAAAGUAAGCCUGCUGCUGGGAAAGGAAAGGAGGAUCCCAGCGCGGAGGUGACCGGGCAACUCUCUGAAGGCGAUCACAAGCUCAUUCAUGAUGCAUGGCAGACAGCCCUAACAGCCAUCGCUAACAUGAUAUCAACUGAAAGACAAGCACUGGAGGCGGAGGAAGAGAAGGAACGCCAGAUGUUGGAACUAAAAGAAAAAGAAAGAGUUAAAGUCUCCCAAAGCAGCCAAAAAGGGGCAAAAAAGAAAUCACCUGACAGGAAAAAAGGGGGGAAAUCACCGGGGCCUGCAGCUCCCACUCCUCAACCCUCAUCCCCGGAGGACAACUCAGAGCUGCAGAAGAAACAGCAAUGUAAAAUGAAGAUGAAGCAGGAAUAUAUGGCCGCUCUUGAAUGUGAAGAGACUUCUGUGAACUCCAGGCUUGAACUUGUAAAAGCGAAAGCUCUGGAAAUGUGCCAAGAGAUUGUGACAAGAGCGGAGCAGGCUUAUAAGGACAUGGACAUGUGGCUGGGAGCACAAUUUCUAGCAGAGAUGUCAAGCAUUGGGAAACUGAUUCAGAUCGCUCAUCACUGUGUCGAAACCAGCACAAAAAUACAGUACGAACUGGUCCUGGAGCAAACCGACUUCUACAUAAACUCAGAUAUAAAAGUGAUCGCCGAUCCAGUACCACAACCGAGACCUCCACCGGUGGAGAACCCUCCGGGGGCAACCCUCACUGUGUCUCAGCUCCGCCGUUUGCACAAGCAGUUUUUGCAGGUAGCGCCUGAUGGGCUUAUGUCAAGCAAGUUAUUCUCUGAUAUUUUGGUGGAUCUCACUUCGAUGACUCUUGGAGACGAUGCUCUCCCAGAUGUAUGGAUGCAUCUCCCACUAUCUGAGAUUCAGGAAAUAACCUCUGUGCUGUCUGACAGCUCAAAUUCCAUACAUUGGCGAAAGUUCUUGUUAUCAGUUUCUUCUCCCUGGCCGUACCCAUCUCUGCCCCAGCUCCUGAAGACCCUACAGAGAUUCAAGGCUGUAGAUGACACUGGAUGUGGCACUGUCCGUGAAGAGCAGUACAAUAAGGUGGAGCUGUGGUUUACAGGGAAAACUGAAACUGAAGAGACUGAACCUGAAGACCCAACAGAACCUCUUCCAUUUAAUAGGCUGGAGCAUCUCAUAAGGUUUUUCUUUGACUUGUUUGCUGAGCACACGGAGCCUCCUUGCCUCGACUACACAGAUAUGUUGUUGUAUUUUGCAUCUUACCCGGACCCGCAGGAAGGAUUCUAUAGAGCACUAAGUGUCACAAUUGGGAGACCAGUCAUAAAGCCGCCAGAUGACAAUCUGCUUGUAAAGUCUUUUCCAGCCAUGGAUGCCGUAGAAGAGAAUAAGGAGAGAACCCUAGAGAAAGAUGAUGAUGAUAUCUGCCCAAACAUAGAAGCACCAACGAUCACAAUGCUGGAGGUUCUGCGAGUUUUCCAACAUGGCGCUGGAGAUUAUGGGGAUACUCACAGGUUUCGUCAGCUGGAAAGAGAAGCAAAUAAUUAUCACAAGAUAAUCAAGAACAUAUUCAAUGAAAUGGGUCCAGAUGCAUUGGGCCACGUGUCCCUUCCUGCUCUCCUCAAACAUCCAAUUUUUCACGAACUUGUUGAAGAUUGUCAACUAUAUAAGCUCACAGAUAUCCGGGACAUCGUUGAGAAGAACAAGGCCACACAGUCAAAUGAAGUAGAAAGUGUGACAACCAGCUCUGCCGGGACAUAACCGCAGGAACUCCAUCACUUCCAGUAUUUUAUAGAUCUUUUUUUUCAAUGCUUGGGGACAAAAAGACAUCUUCCCUGUAUGAAUCUGUAUCCUAGACUGACCACAUUAAUCUAAGAGAAAAUAAAUCCAAAUGGCAACUGU